CCUGCAGUAGUUACAUUACAGAUCAUCACUGGAAACAAAGAGAAGAAUGAAGCUCAUAGUCAUACUGGUGCUUCUGUUGUGGAAGGAGACCCAGCCUUUCUUCAUGGCUCGCCAGGCAAAAUUUGGUCGACUGUGCACCAGAGUCUUUUUCAACAAAGUCAGAGAUUGUGAUAAUUACGGCUGUGGAGGCUAUGGUGCGGGCAGGAGAUCGAAUGGAAACCAGAGAACACAUGAGGGCAUUGACAUAAAAUGCAAGGAUGGUGCCACAGUCCGUGCACCAUUUAAAUUGACUCUGGAGGGCGUAUCCGUUCCUUAUCGCUGGCCUGCUCCUUCCCCCAAAGAUCAGAUCAACGACGGGGUAAAAAUCAUCGGAGCAGAACCAAAAUUCCAAGAUCUGUGUGUCAAGCUGUUCUACGUGAAGCCAGACCAGUACUCUGGCACUCUGGAGCAGGGUGCUAGGAUCGGUGUGAUGCUCAACAUGCAGGACGUCUACCCUGGUAUCACAUCUCACAUUCAUGUCCAGAUGUGUGACAAAUCUGACCCAACUAAGUAUUUUUGAAACUGCCAAAUUCUACAAACGACAAUACAAUGGUGUCUGACAUGUUCUGACAGAAAACAUAUGAACAGACACUGUAUUUCCUGUUUGUGAUAUCCUCCUUAUGAUGAUGGCAUAUUUUCUGAUCAACAACGUUGAGUAGGCCUAUUGGUCAAGCCCAUUUAUGAGAAUAUGAUGAAAUAUUCACUUGCUUCUCUAUAUAGAAUGUCUUGUUUUGCAGUCAGAAAAUACAUCGAUACUUAUUAUCCUUUGUGCUUUGCAUAAUUACAUUACAUCACAUUAUACUUCGCUGACGCUUUUAUCCAAAACGACUUACAGUU